AGCCGUCGGCAGGAAAUAUCCAUUGCAGUACUUACAGGGAAACUGUGAUGCUGAAAGUAAUUUAUGACUACAGAUAGAUACCUAUGCCUGUUUUUGAAAAUGUACUUUUUAGUUGCCAUCAAAACAUUGGAAUUGCCAGAACUGUGGCCGUUUAUGGACCAUCCCUAUGAAGAAACAGGGUUACAAUGGGACAGAGUACCUCGGAACAAGAGGUCCAAACAGACGACCCCAAGGUCGAGUUUGAUGACAUCAAGACAUAUGUGGAGGAGGAACUUCAGACGAGCAUGAUGAUGGGGAUUGUAAUUGGCGCUGGUGUCGCCAUAGUCCUCAUUGCCAUCCUCAUCUUCUUCAUCCUGCGCAGGAUCCAACUUCGAAACCUAGAAGCACAGGAGGCUCCUAGGUACCGCUUUCGUAAGAGGGACAAAGUCAUGUUCUAUGGGCGAAAGAUCAUGCGUAAAGUCUCCCAGUCUACGUCUUCCCUGGUGGGUACGUCAUCCUCCUCUAGGCAGCGCCUGAAAAAGAAGCAGAAGAUGCUCAACAUUGCCAAAAAAAUUCUGCGCUUUAAGAAGGAAGUGCCUAUUCUUCAGGCUAAGGAGCCCCCUCCCUCUGUCUUGGAGGCAGACCUUACAGAGUUUGAUGUGGCCAACUCUCACCUUCCUUCUGAGGUGCUCUACAUGCUCAAAAAUGUCCGAGUGCUGGGCCACUUUGAGAAGCCCCUCUUCCUGGAAUUGUGCAAGCACAUGGUGUUUGUGCAGUUUCAACAAGGAGAGUAUGUCUUCAGGCUGGGACAACAGGACAACAGCAUCUACGUGGUUCAAGAUGGAAAACUAGAAUUGUGCCUUACUGAAGUGGAUGGCAAAGAAAGUGUGGUGAAGGAAGUUUUUCCAGGAGACAGUGUUCACAGCCUCCUCAGCAUCCUAGAUGUUAUCACAGGCCACCAGAAGCCUUACAGAACAGUGUCAGCACGGGCUGCUGAGGUUUCCACUGUUCUUCGUUUACCAGUAGAGGCCUUCCUGUCUAUAUUUGAGAAGUACCCUGAGAGCCUGGUGCGGGUAGUACAGAUCAUCAUGGUCCGUCUCCAAAGAGUAACAGUCUUAGCCCUGCAUAACUACCUGGGCCUUACAAAUGAACUCUUCAGCCAUGAGCUGCAUCCCUUACGUCAGCCGCCUCCUUCUCCCCACCCAAUUCGUACCAGUCCCAUCCGCCACGGCAAACGCUUUGGCAGCCUGACAGUGCCUGAGGAGCAUCGAGAAGCUGCCAUAAAAGGUGAUAUGGCAGGCGAUCAAGAGAAAGAUGGACCAACCCUUAGUAGGACCAUCUCCAUGCCUGUGGAUAUUGCUGGUUUACAGAAAAGUCUGAGAUCAGAUUUUGACAUGGCAUAUGAAAGGGGACGUAUCUCUGUUUCUGCAGAAGAUGGCAACACUCCACCUAACUUUACUCGGUCUAUUUCCCAGGACCAGAGGGAGAGGAAGGUGACAGUGGAGGAGGUUCCCUCAGGAAUCUACCUGUAUCCAGAGGAAGAGGCAGGGGGGGAUAAUAUUUUCACAACUGUGUCCUAUCGAUCCAGUUCUGCAUUGUUUGAGGAAGCUCAGAAAGAGAUCCUAAAGCUCAUGAAAAUUGAGGACCCUUCUCUAUUAAAUGGGAGAGUUACCUUGCAUCAUGCCAAAGCUGGGGCAGUCCUGGCAAGGCAAGGAGACCAGGACGUGAGUCUGCACUUUGUUCUGACUGGUUGCCUGCAUGUGUACCAGCGGAUGAUAAACAAGCAAGAAGCCGUCUGCCUGUUUGUGACCCACCCAGGGGAGAUGGUGGGACAGUUGGCUGUGCUUACGGGAGAACCCCUCAUUUUCACCAUCAAGGCCAUACGAGACUGUGCUUACCUCAAGAUAUCAAAAUCGGAUUUCUAUGAGAUUAUGAGGGAGCAGCCAAGCGUGGUGCUGAGUGCAGCUCACACUGUGGCCAUCAGGAUGUCGCCAUUUGUUAGGCAGAUGGACUUUGCAAUUGACUGGAUGGCUGUGGAGGCGGGUAGAGCCCUGUACAGACAAGAUGACCGGUCAGACUGCACAUACAUUGUUCUGAACGGACGUCUGCGCUCAGUUAUACGCAAGGCUAACGGCAAGAAAGAACUAGUCGGGGAGUAUGGACGAGGAGACCUCAUUGGAGUGGUGGAGGCAUUGACCAAACAACCCAGAGCCACCACUGUGCAUGCUGUAAGAGACACUGAACUAGUCAAGUUGCCUGAGGGAACACUCAACAACAUCAAAAGACGAUAUCCUCAGGUGGUGACAAGGUUGAUCCACUUAUUGGGCCAAAAAAUUCUGGGGAACCUUCAGCAGGGUCGAGGGCCAUUCUCAGGCUCAACUAUCAGUCUGCCUAAUAUGACCACCAGUGCUGAUGUUACGAACCCCGCCAGCAAUCUCUCUACUGUAGCUGUUUUACCAGUAUGUGAUGAGGUGCCAAUCAAUGCAUUCAACCUGGAGCUCAGCCAUGCCCUCAGUGCCAUUGGUCCCACCCUCUUAUUGACCAGUGACAUAAUCAGAGAGCGACUUGGUGCAUCUGCUUUAGACAGCAUCCAUGAGUACCGGCUGUCUGGCUGGCUGGCGCAGCAAGAGGACAUCAAUCGAAUUGUCUUGUACCAGACUGAUAACAGCAUGACCCCAUGGACUCAACGCUGUAUUCGCCAGGCAGAUUGCAUUCUUAUCGUCGGCUUGGGAGAGCAGGAACCUACACUGGGAGAAUUGGAGCAGAUGCUGGAGAACACAGCAGUCCGGGCUCUAAAACAACUGAUCCUUCUACACAAAGAGGAUGGUCCAGGCCCUUCCAGGACCGUCGAGUGGCUCAACAUGCGUAGCUGGUGCUCAGGGCAUCUCCACCUAAGGUGCCCGCGCAGGGUUUUUUCCAGACGCGGCCCCAGCAAACUUAGAGAAGUUUAUGAAAAGGUCUUUGAGAAAACCGCAGAUAGGCACAGUGACUUCUCUCGGCUCGCGCGAGUGCUGACUGGAAACAGUAUAGCUCUGGUGUUGGGAGGAGGUGGAGCAAGAGGCUGUUCUCACGUGGGUGUAAUUAAAGCUAUGGAAGAAGCGGGGAUUCCCAUUGACAUUGUCGGCGGGACUUCCAUCGGUUCAUUCAUUGGUGCACUUUAUGCUGAGGAGAGAAGUGCCGUCAGAACCAAGCAGAGAGCUCGAGAGUGGUCCAAGGCAAUGAACUCAGUAUUCAAAACAGUCCUUGACCUGACUUAUCCCAUCACUUCCAUGUUUUCUGGUUCUGCCUUCAACACAAGCAUCUACAAAGUGUUCCAGGACAAGCAAGCUGAGGACUUGUGGUUGCCGUACUUUAAUGUCACAACAGACAUCACAGCAUCCGCCAUGCGCGUUCACCAGGAUGGCUCUCUGUGGCGCUAUGUGCGGGCGAGCAUGACCCUAUCCGGGUACCUGCCGCCUCUCUGCGACCCCAAAGAUGGGAAUUUGCUUAUGGAUGGUGGCUACAUCAACAACCUGCCAGCGGACAUUGCAAGGAACAUGGGUGCCAAAACAGUCAUCGCCAUUGAUGUGGGCAGCCAGGAUGAGACAGACCUCUGUAACUAUGGCGACUGCCUGUCCGGUUGGUGGUUGCUGUGGAAACGAAUUAAUCCAUGGGCUGAAAAAGUCAAGGUGCCAGACAUGGCGGAGAUCCAGUCUCGACUGGCCUACGUGUCUUGUGUUCGGCAGUUAGAAGUGGUCAAGAAGAGUGCUUAUUGCGAGUAUAUUAGACCGCCUAUUGAUCGUUUCAAGACCAUGGACUUUGGCAAGUUUGAUGAAAUUUAUGACGUGGGCUUUCAACACGGCAAGCUGUUGUUCUCUGGCUGGGCUCGAGGUGACAUCAUUGAUAACAUGCUGAAGGACCACAGAUCAGCUGACUACAAUGACAGCAAAAGAGUUGACUCAUGCACAUGUCAAGGAGCAGAUUUCACCGACCUUGCAGAGAUUGUAUCCAGGAUCGAGCCAGUCCAAAACUAUGUUUCUGCUGAAGCGGAGGAGUCAGACUGUCUGACGGAGUAUGAGGAGGAAGGGAUGGACACUGUAAGAGAGGAGGAAGGACAGGAGGAGGAGGAAGAGGACCAGUCCCCUGGAGAGUGGGGGCAGAAUGGAGUCUUCCAGACUGAUGAGGAGAAAUCUGUGAGGCAACGUCGGAAACUGACCAGUGACACUUCUGAAAUGUCUGACUGCUGACACGCGGAGGACUUUUAAUUGGAUCAUCAAGGGCCAGAACAAGAAAGAACAUGGACAACGUGUGCCAUUCCAGAUGUUUCUGGAAACGGAUGUUUUCUCUGAAAUCAAACCCAUCGUUUAAACUUUCUCAACAUCUGUGCGUAAACAGGAACUGGCGUCCUGCUUUCUAUCCCAGUAGGAGCUUAUGUGGUUCCUUCAAAGGUGGAUUCCAAUCUCGGCAUUUCACCUCAUAUACUCGGCAGAGGAGGCCAGAAAGACGCUUCCAAAGCAUGCCUCCGGAGUAUUAAUGAAGACCGCGUGCGUGUUGGUGAGUUUGUCUAUGAUGACUGAAUGUUGAAAUAGUAGCAGGACACUAAAAGGUGGAGAAGCUGAAGAACGGAUGAAUGCAAAUGGAUUUAAAAGGACAAUUUAUUAAAAUACUGACCUAUUAGAAAUAGCUAGAUGGGACAAGCCGAAGAAAAUAUAUGGGUGGAUUAAAAAAAACAAGGACCAGUAAGUUUGCAUAUUAAUGUAAUUUCAUUUAAUUUAAACUAACGCACAAUAGCAGCUGGCAAUACUGAAGGUAGAAAGGAGUGAAGACAAGGUAUAGUGUGUGAUUGUGCAUGUGUGUGAUCUACUUUUGGAAUGAAUGAGGAGUUUCAGUGAUCCAAGUGUGUUGGAUGACUACGAGUGUCAAACUGUGACCGUCAUUUGAACCCUGCCCACUUUUUGCUACAUCAAAAGGGUUUCCAAAUGGUACAAAAAGAUAAAAAAAGACUCUUCCACCUGGAGAUGCUCAUGUUCUUGAAACUGUACAGUCACAAAUGCACAUGUUGACGUUAUUAUCUGCGUAAAAGUCACCUCAUGUAAUUGUAUUAAUAUAUGGAUUUUUUUGUCUGAGGUGGACAUUGCUUACCUGCACAAGGGAACUUUGUUCUUAACAGAAGUGGUCUUUAACUUCAAUUGUACUGUUUGUCAUUUUUUGGCAAAUCUUUAAUUUAUAUAUAUUACCUGCUAGAUUUUUUAAAAUUCUGUUUUUGUUUGUUUGCGUGUAUAUAUUCUUAAUCCGUGUUAAAGGUUUUAAUUUGACUAAAAUAUGGUCUGGACUGAAAUAUUGCAAGUACUCCUUGCUCAUGAGACGCUAAUUUAUCACCCACACUGAUAUCCCAAAGGAACACGAGAAGAUAAACAAUUCAAUAUGCACACAAAAAAGAAUAAAUAUAUGCACAAAGUCG